AUGCCCGAGAGCCGCUUUCAAAGCAAAGGAAUUGUGAUUGGACCUUUGUACGGACUGCACGAGCGACAUACCAACCACAACACAAUCUCUUCGACCGGUCCGAAUACAGCCGUCGCAACUCCAGAAGCUCAAGUGUCUCACAGAAGCCAGAAAAGAGGUUUGGAAAUGUUUUUUAUUUAUUUACAUUUCGUUCCUGGCCGUCAAAAGAUUAGCGACUCAGCCCGACCUUCCGCUCUUCGCGGCGGCAACAAAGUGCUCAAAAGGGUUCCAUUGCUGCGAGCGGACUUUGGAAAAGUGGUAGGACUCCUAAUCUUUGCAAACAAAGUUACAAACUUCCCGACCCUCAUUGGACGGCCCGCUUCGUUCCUUUGCCAAACAACCACUGCUUCUCCUCGUCAACUUCAAGUGCGCGGCAAAUGGUUCAACACCUACAUCGCUGGUGUAGACUACGAAGACGGCAAGUGA